UUGACCAGUGCUAAAUAGUUUUUUUUUAAUAUGGGAUGUGAAAAGAAGGAUUUUGUGACGAAGUGGAUGAAGUUAAAGUUAGUAGUGGUUGUACUUUCAGUGUUGUUUCGGUGCACAGACUCCGUUGAUUUGCCCAGAUUCGUGGGUCCGGGGUCACAGGUCACGGUGGCUUUGGGAAGAGACGCGGCGAUCACAUGUAGAGUCGACAAUUUACAGACUUAUAAGGUGGCGUGGCUUCGCGUGGACACUCAAACCGUCCUUACAAUAGCAGGCCACGUGAUCACGAAGAACCACCGGAUAGCCGUGAACCACGGGGACGGCGCGUGGACCCUGGUCCUCAGAGACGUGGGCCCCCCCGACGGGGGCCGCUACAUGUGCCAGGUCAACACGGAGCCCAUGAUGAGCCAGACGCAUCUGCUGCAGGUGGUAGUUCCUCCUGAUAUCGACGACACGGUCAGCAGCAGCGAGGUUCUAGUGAAGGAAGGUCAGGACGCGUGGCUGCGAUGCGUCGCCAGUGGAACACCGGAUCCCACUAUCACGUGGAGAAGAGAAGACUCUAGGCACUUCAAGAUUAAUAAAACUUCUUCAGUGUCAAAGUUGAGCAGUCCGUGGUUGAACCUUACUGCAGUGGAGCGCAACAUAUCUGGAGCGUUCCUGUGUAUCGCCACAAAUGGAGUACCGCCUUCUGUCAGCAAGAGGAUACAACUUAACGUUAUGUUUGCACCAUUGGUUUGGGCUGGGAGGAUGGCCAUUCGAGCAUUGUAUGGGAGCGCUGUCACUCUGCAAUGUACUGUGGAAGCAUACCCUGUCCCUCGUGUCUACUGGACGCUGAAUGGGGAGCAAAGGCUUGUCAAUGGUUCCAAGCAUCAGCUGAGCAUGUCCACUCGUGGCUACCGACACACCCUGGCUCUCAUAGUGGAGAAUAUGACCAGGGAUGAUGCUGGAGCGUAUAGAUGUCAUGUGGAGAAUACCCUGGGAAGAGCCCAGGCUGAAAUGUUCUUGCACAUGUUGACAACAACCACGACGACAACAACAACAACAACAACGACGACGACAACGACCACCACGACAACAACGACUACAAAGCCACCACCCACCACCAUGUUACCAUACGACACAGAGAGACAUCUAGAGCAGCUGCAUCGAGGAGUACUGGAUGAUCAAGGACUCGAUGAUCCCUAUAUUGUACUAAGUCAACAUCAAAUGCAGAAUCUAGAAAUGGUGACAACGAUGUGACCUGAGAUGGGGAGCGGUGUCAUCCCCUGGGGCGGUGGUUGGCCCCCGCUUCACGACGCUGCCCCCACCAGGCAAUGCCUUUGGACUGUCACCAUCGUACUAGUGCACAGGUGGAUCUGAACCAGGGUUGUUGAACUUUAGGUUAGUGAA